AUGGAUAGCCGGUGGAGUCUUGGAGGUAUGACCGCUCUUGUAACCGGUGGAAACCAAGGGCAUUGGUUUAGGUAUGCGAUAGUGGAGGAACUUGCUGGUUUUGGUGCAAGAGUUCACACGUGUGCCAGAGACCAAAAUCUGCUCAACCAAUGCUUAAGUGACUGGCAAGCAAAAGGGUUUCAAGUCAGUGGCUCAGUCUGUGAUGUUUCCUCUCGUCCCCAAAGAGAUGAGUUGAUGCAGACCGUCUCUUCUCUAUUCUGUGGCAAACUCAACAUCCUUGCCUCGGGAUUUGGGGGCAUUGUGUUCAUGUCUUCAGUAUGUGGGCUUGUCUCAUCUGGUUUCGUGUCGAUCUAUAGCUUAACAAAAGGAGCUAUUAAUCAAUUGGCAAGAAACUUGGCAUGCGAAUGGGCAAGUGAUGGCAUAAGGGUUAACUCUGUAGCUCCUUGGAUGACUACAACUCCUCUUGUCCAAAAACGUCUUGAUAACGAGAAACUCGCGGAGGCUAUUUUUUCGAGAACUCCAUUAGGACGUGCUUGUGAGCCGCGUGAGGUUGCGUCGUUGGUCACAUUUCUUUGUCUCCCUGCAGCUUCUUAUAUAACAGGACAAACCAUCUGUAUCGAUGGAGGUUUCACUGUUAAUGGCUUCUCCUACAAGCCAUAG